AUUCAGGGUUUUACCAAUGUAGAAUUGAUAGAUAAGCGUGGUCACAAUCAAGAAGACCUGAAAGUUAGUUAAGUUUAGCUGAAAAACUGUUAAAUAUCCAGUAAACAAAUAGAAUGGCCUGUCACAAGUCACUUUCCGUGAAACUAAAGCUCCCCAAUCGCGUCCAACCGGAGGUUGUACCUCAGCCCGGAAAAGCCGGCCAGUAUACCAACAAGAUGCACUACUUCAAGAAGCAUGUACUGGACGAGGUUUGCAAGAAGAAGUUUGCCCUGGACUUCUUGGAACCUGUCGAUACGGAGGCUUUGAAGGUGCCCACUUACUACGCGGUCAUAGAUCGUCCCAUGGAUGUGGGAACGAUUCUGAAACGGGUGCAGAACAAUUACUACCGAGAUGUUGAGGAGGCGAUCUCAGACUUCCGGCUGAUCAUCCGCAACUGCUUCAUGUUCAAUCGGCCUGGUGACGUCGUCUUUCGCAAGGGUCAGAUGCUGGAGAAGUUCUUUGUGAAGAAGAUCAAGGCCAUGCCCCAGGGUCCGGAUCUGCCCUGCAACAAAGAUCCCAAGGCAGUGGGCAAGCCGAGGGCCAAUGCCAAGAUUCUGGCCACCCCAGCGCACACGGAACGCCUCUGCAGGGAGUUGUUGAAGAAGUUGCAGAACGUCACCAAUCAGGCGGAUACCACAGCCCGCAAUUUCUUCAAUGCCAAGUGGGAUUCGUUGGUCAAGAAACUGGACAAGCACUACUUCAAGACCUUCGACGAGUUCCGCUCGCAUGUGGAUGGCAUCUUCAGGAAGUACCAUGAUCCGGGCAAGAUGAUCUACGAAAGAGCCAUAAAUCAGUCGGGAUCUUGGAGUACAUCCUUGACGGAAAUGCCGAGUCCUUUGGGCAGUUCGGUGCUGUCCGAAGCGGAUCUAAAUGAGCUGCUGCAGGCCGCCAAGCUGGCUGAGAUGGGUUUGAUGCAGUGCCUCCAGCCGCAGAUUGGGACCUGGGAGCCUUCGAGAGCCAGGUCUUUGGUGGAGGCCUUCUGUGCCAGCGUGGGCAAGGUGAAACUUAAACUGGAAGCAUCUAGAUCGGAUCCCCUGAGAAACUCAUCGAAAAAGGAACAGAGAUUGAGCACCAACCAGGAGGAGGAGGAGGAUUUGAACCAGGGGGAACUCAAGCCAGCUCGGGAUUUGCUAAAGAGCAGUGAAAUGGAUGCCCUCACUGCGGUGAGCUUGGAGUCCACCGAUGAUGAGGGUAACGAAGCACCAAUGGAUGCUGUAAAUGACACAGAACGACGUAAUAUACAGAAACUGUUUGCCAAACUUCCUUCGACGGCCAUGAGGGAGAUAGUCCACCUGGUCCAACAGACCGAGGGAUUGUCCUCGGAGAAUUGCGGCGACCUGAGCUUCGAUGUCAAGGAGUUCGCAGCGGACACCCUGGUCCUGAUGAAACGGGCCGUGGCCAAGGCGAUGAGGGCCCACAGUAAGCUGAACCUCAAGGACAUGCAGCCCUCGGAGAAGGAGGGACUCCAGCGCACCUUGCAAUCCCAGUUGGUGGACAUUACACAGCUCCUGAACCGAAAUCGCCGCAGAAAUGCUGCGCCCUUGAACAAUCUGAAAUCGAAUAAUAAUAAAAAUAAUAAUAACGUAGUGCGGAAGAGGCCAUGUGGUCCUGUCCCGGCCAAAUUGAAGCAGCCACCAGGAGGAAAGUUGGCAGUUGGCGGAUCGGAAGGAUGUGUGGGUGAGAGUCGCAAUCUGAGCGACACCAGCGACGACUCCUCCGGCCCACCCAGCCCACAGAGGCGGCGGGAGGGGAAGGGCAUCAAUAUCAACGGGUCCUCCAAGUUGCUGAACCUGCCGAGGAAAAGGACUCCCCCGCAGAAGAAGACCCUGGGCUCGCCCAAGUCCACGCUCGUCAGCGACCUCCAGAUGAGCAGCAGCAGCAGCAGCGAGUCGCUCCACGGAUCAAGAGUGGGCAACAGCUCCAGCUCGAGUUCCAGCCCCAGUUCGAGCUCCAGUUCCAGCAGCAGUGCCAGCUCCAGCAGCGAUUCCUCCGACAACGAAGAGGGAGCCAGUCGUGGUCCCAAACGAAAAGCGGAUUCUUUAAAUGUCUUUACUUGA